UGGGGAGCUCAGGCCAGUCUUGCAGAACAGCUCUCUGCUUGUACCUGCUCUCCUGAGUUGAUUCUUGUGAGUGGAGUAUGUGUCCUUGGCAGGGAUCAGGAGGCAGCUGAGGUGUUACCGAUGACCUCUCACUGUUCAUGCUUUUAAAGUCACCUCUUUCCCCUUUACAGUGAGUGGGCAAUAUGGAUGAGGCCAAGGAGCACCCUGUGAAUAUCCCUGUGGCCCAUCAACUCCUCAUUCCUGGCCCCAGUUUAGCAUCUCUGUGAUACAAUGGUUGGUUGAAGUUGUAAGGUGGCUUUUAUUUCCAGGGCACUGAGAAGUUGGGAUUGUUUGCUAGACUGGGCAGUGAAGGGGAGCAGGGUGGAGAGCUGGCCUUGAGGGUGGAGCGAGAAGGAAGCACAGUCACCUGAGGUCAGGGCUGGGCCUGUGAGUGCCAGGCCAGGCUCAGUCUGCUCAUUGUGCAGGGGUUUGCUUGGGGAGACCGUCUGCACUCACCUGCCAUGGCUUCUGCAUUCUAGUUCCUAGAGGGCGAAGGCUAAGGGACUAGUUCAAGUGUGUCCAUACUACUACAUCUGCUGAAGCCAGGGGCUGAGUACCAGCAGAAUCCCACCUGUGAAGCUCCUGGACACCCCUGAAGGUGUCCAGGGCCUGCCUGAGGAGCCACUCACUACAUGCGUUGUGCAGGAAGGAGCUCAGGUGGUGGUAUGGCCUCUGGCGAGCUGGGAUGAGCUGGGACUGCUCAGGGACAGUCAGUGGUUCCUCUCCCAACAGGAAAGAUUGUCCCAUGUGGCCAGCGAUGGCCUGGUAGGCAGGUUUGGUAUGCUCAGGGGGCAGAACAGAGAUCUCUGGAGGCUUUCCAGAUGACUUUUGUCUGGUCCUGGCCACCAGGGCUGCAUUAGGGAGGGAGAUGCAGGUCUCCCAUUGAGAGUCCCAGGCUAUUUCCACUGAAGGCUGCAACUUCCUUGCAAUUGGGUGUUUUUCUUAGGGGGUCCUUGGUGCCAUGAAAGCAUCUGCUUUGCAGGUGAAUGGAGGGGAAGACUGAUAGGGCUUCCUGGAGUGGCUCACAACUGCAGUGGGACCAGAAGGUUGGGUGUCACUAGCACAUUCCUCCGGCUGUGCCAGCCACCUGCUGGACCUUUCCUGCAUUCCUGACCCACUUCCCAUGACACGGCCCUUGUUCAUUCCGCUCAGGCCCCCAAGUCCUGACUGCUGAGCUGGGAGGUCGAAGGGGGCUGGACCGGGCCAGUGAGAGGCUGCAGGAAACGGAGUGGCUGUGGCACACAUGGGGUCCCAGCCUUGGUACUUGCCUGCUCUGUGCCUCCAUUUCUCCUUCUGCACUUUGGGACUGGUCUUGGUCCUGACUACUGGGAAGUCAUGCAACUCUGAAGAGAGGAGAUGGGAACCUGUGGCAGGGCCCUGUGUAGAGACGGCUUCUGUGUAGGAGCAACAUGACCAGGGAGUCCUUCUGCCACAGACAGCUCUGAGUGUCUGCUGGGAUAAAUGCAGUUGUGCCAGCUGGCUGGAGCUAGCCUUGUCUCUCAUGGCAGGAGAGGCUUCAGGUGACUAAAGAGACGAAACAAGAUCUAGCACUGGAUUGGCAAACAUACCCGCAGGCCCAGGCAGCUGCAGGAACUCACCAGGCCCUCCGGCUCCUAGUCACCACAUGGGAGAGUAGAACAGCUGCAGCCGAGUUACUAGGCCCGAGCCUAAAGAAGUUUCUCUGUCCCUUUACACUCGGCCACCCCCAGCCCUAGGAGAAUGGAUGAGAAUGCAUUUCUAACCCUUAGGUAGGUAAGGGAUCAGUUUUAAAACAGUUUUCUGCUCCUAAAGCUAUCAUUUAAAAAUGGCUAGGGGGAAUUUGAUAGUAAGAAAAAGAACAUUAUGUGGCCAAAAGUCAGCAUGAGGUGAAGAGAUGUAUUGUAUGCAGGACAGGGUGAGGUGGAGCCAGAGAUCUCAUUUAUUGGCAGGAAGAGCCAUAGGGAAGUGCCGUGUGAAUGUAGGCAGUUCCCCUGCCUGCAGAGACAACUGGGACAGGGUGUUCAGCAUGCAUCGGGCAGAUGCAGGGGCAGGAGAUAGGAUGCCGUGUGCACUGCCAGAGGGGUAGCCCAUUUUGUCUUUCAGAAGUAUCCUGCACUUGACCCCAGAUGGACACGAGGGUCUACAGGAAGUCACUGUAGAAGAGAAUAUGCAGCAAACAAUUAAGGAGCCAGGCUCUGCCCUGGCCCAGGGUCCUGCCUGUGAUGGACCCUGCUCGAGGGCUUCUGCUUGGGUCACUGGGUCCUGGCACUGAGCGAGCUCCCUUGGGCAUCCUGUCAUCCCCAGCAUCUCUACCUUGGAACCACCUUAUCCCUAGCUAGGCCCCCUCACAUUUUCUGGUGCAGGUUCCGAAAGAUGUUGCCUUUGGAGAAAGCAUCUGCUUCCCCCAGGAACUCCCCAACAUCCCCAGAACUGCCCAUGCCAGUGUCAGCUGACAGCAAACAACAGAAGGACCCCGGGGCCAUCCCUGGGAGGACCCCUGCCGACCUUGAGUUCUCCCGCUUACGCUUCCGGGAGCUUGUUUAUGAGGAGGCAGCAGGGCCCCACCAGACCCUAGCCCGGCUGCAUGAACUGUGUUGCCAAUGGCUGCAGCCGGAGGAGCGCUCCAAGGAGCAGAUGCUGGAGCUGCUGGUGCUGGAGCAGUUCUUGGGCAUCCUGCCCGACAAGGUCCGGCCCUGGGUGGUGGCGCAGUAUCCGGAGAGCUGUAAGAAGGCGGCCUCCCUGGUGGAGGGCCUUGCUGAGACCCUGGAGGAGCCAGGGAUGCUGCUAGGUUCCCCCACUGGGUCCUCAGCUUUCAGUGAGGAGCUAUGUGAGAAGUAUGCCGAGCCUCUUCUGUUACCAUGUGAGCCAACGAGCCCCUUCACAGGACCACAAGAGACCCUGGCACUCCUGGAGACUCGCUGGCAGGCUCUAGACCCCAGGCUGCCAGAACAGGGGAACAUCAGAGAAGACGUUCAAGAAGAGUUCAAGCCAGCCAAAGUUCAGCUGAAGAAACCGAAGUUGUUGGAGGAGACUCUGGGGGAAUGGGGCCACUUGGACCCUGCUGAGGAGAACCUGAGGAGCUACAGGAAGCUGCUACUGUGGGGGUAUCAGCUUUCCCAGCCUGAUGCCACCUCCAGGCUGGAAACAGAGGAACUUCAGUUGGUAGAAAGAGAACUACCAGGAGGCAGCCUCUCAGGCAGCGGGAGGCAGCAGAACAAAGGCAACACGUGUGAGGGAGUCUCUGAGCCCAGGGUGUGGACGGAGAGGUUUGCAGGGGACAGUCCCGUUAACCCCUCAUCGGGCAUCACCCAGGAGGAGGAAGAGCAGCCUUGGAAUGUUCCAGAUCCUCAGGAUGGGGAAUUGAGCACUGUCACUGUAGCCCAAAGGCAGUCGGUCAUCCAGAAGCCAGCCCAGGACAGGGGCGGAGCAAGGUUGACCACUGUACCACAAGGCCUUGGAGUCAAGAGGCCCCAUCCAGAGGACAAGGGUGGGCAGGACUCCCAGUACAUCCCCAGGGUGAGCUGCCAUCUGCCACAUGACAUUGGGAAGGAACACAAUGCAUCCUGCCACAGUGCAGGGUCCCUGGCAGGGCAGGACCCUGCAAGCUGCCCUAGGGAUGACAAGCUUGGAGUGUCAGGAAGGAAGCCUUGCUACACCUGCAGUGAGUGUGGGCAGAUCUUUACCUGGAUCUCCCACCUCAUGGAACAUCAGAGGAACCACAAUGGCAGGAAGCGCUAUGCCUGUCAGAGCUGCUGGAAGACCUUUCAUUUCAGUCUGGCCCUGGCUGAGCACCAGAAGAUCCACGAGAAAGAGAAAGGCUACACGUUCGGGGUGGGACUGGGCUCCCAUCCUGCAGCACGUGAAGCCUAUGCUGGUGGGAGGCUGGGUGGGCUCCCAGAGUAUGUAGGAGGUGAUGUUUUUCCUGGGCAGCCUGAGGCACAGAGAUGAACCCUGUGUUGUAAGUCUCCUGCAAGAUGGAUAGCUGCCCCUGGGAAUUCCAAACAAAGUAUCGAGCUCCCUCAAAACCCUGAGGUAGUGACUUCCUGUGGUGUCUGUGUGGAUGUGAAUCAACUUAUUUUCUAAGUGAGUGAAUGUGGGUAAAGCAUUGAGAACCAGGGGGGCACACGGGAAGCAGCACCUCCUAAACAUACCCUGGGCAGAUACUCACAUUCAAGUGUAAGCUGUAGGGUGUGAAAGAAGACUGCACUUUCUUUUGCAGCCAUUUUAGUACUGUCCACAUGCUGGAUAAUUUGACAUUGUGCAAAGUGUAGAGCUGCCUGCCUUAACAUGUAAUUUGCCAGUAUUUUCUUAAAGCAACCUUGCCUUGGUUCCUCCUCAUUGAGCUUCCCAAGGUCAUUCACACAGAAACCUGCCAGCUGUUUUGGUCUUUUCGUACAUACAUGAUAUCAAGUUCACUUCUGAAUUGUCAAAAGCAGAAACUGUUUUCUAGUUUAACUUGUGUGUCUUUUGUAGCUUACAAAGAUCAUAAAAACGCUUGGAGCCUAGUAAUGUGGUUUUCAGACCUUGGGUCCCAGUCCAUUAGUGAACUGUGAAAUCAAAUUAGUGGAUACCACUGGCAUUACAAAUAAUUUAAGUAGAAUAAAAUAGGUCAGAAUGCAUCAUGUAGUAAAACACUUAUUGUUUUGUGGAACUUUUCAACCAUAUAUUUAAACAUGAGAACUAGUUGCCCUAUAAAGUGUAUUUCUUACUGCAAAGUUGUGAUCAAAAUAGGUUGAAAUCAAAGGCUGAAGAGGAGCCCUCUCUGCCCAAGCUAAGGGAAUUAAGGUCCUUGGGCUACAUCAAAUGAUAUUGCAAUUUUUGCAUCUACUCUCAAAUUAUAGCAUUGCUUAUAUUGCCUGAGCAUAAAUUUAAUUGCUCCUUGUAAAUACAGAACUGGGUCCCUCUUUGUCACUGUGUUUGAGCAGGCAAUCUGUUGUAAUGACCCCCAAAUCACUGAGGCUUUACAUAAUAAAGGGUUUAUUUCUUCACUCACA